AUGUGUGAGAGAGAGAGAGGGGCAGUGGGAGUAUGGUCUAUGUGAGUGAAAGAGAGACAGAGAGUUGUGUAAUCUGUCCAUUUUGUGUCUCCUGUCCCCCUCCUCUCUCUCCCCCCUGGCCCCCUGGCUGCCAGGCGUCACACCAGUUUAUAAUAAGGACUCAAAAAAAGUUGUCGAGUGAACGGACUGAAAGAGAGAAAAAAAAAACACAGAACCCUUCCCACUCCUAAAAUCACGGGGAGUGACUGUGACAGGAGGAAGGGGACAGAGAGAGAGAGAAGCUGAAGAAGCCCUUGCAGGACUUCAUCACAUUUCUUUCAGGACUGCUCGGACCGACACGGACCAUAAACCGAUCACUAAACCUGGACUGAUAUUCUAUUGCGGUGAUUAGUCGCGGAGUGAGGACUUCUGUAGGAGACUCUUGGAGGAGCAUGCGGCUCGGUUUACUAUUCAGGCUCUAUGUGCUGUGGGGCUUUGUGGUGGUCACGACCUCCGUGACCAAGGCUGCCAAGAGAAAGGUGGCUGGCAGACAGUCUCGACAGGUGUUUGAGGCGGAGCCUGUGGAGGGGGUGUGGUCUGACUGGGAGGAGUGGUCUGGCUGCUCUCAAACCUGCGGGGUGGGCGCCUCCCAGAGGAGCAGGACGUGUUUACCUCCUCCACCUCAACACACCCCUCCCCUCUCCCACUCUCCACCUAACUGGGCAGGAUAUUUGCCCGGGGGCCUCGGGGGUCCGGUCCUCUCACCUGUGCGCCCCUACUACCCUCCUCAUUACCCCGGGCAACGACAGCCUUAUCACUCCCCGUCGAUCUCCACCAAUCAAAACCCAGGACUGUCUCUGUAUCGGAAUACUAACGGAGCAGGAGCAGGAGGAGGAGGAGGAGGACUCCUGUUACUGGGAGAGGCAAAUCCAAACCCUCCUUUUUACCAGCCGGAAUUCAACCCAAACAAUCAAGACCAUGUGUCAGUUUACCGAUCGCCGUACCACGCUCCAUCACAGGGCUACAACCAACCAGCACGCACCAUCAGGAGACCGACCAAUCCCGGAGCAGCGAGGGCUGUAGGGAGCAGAAGGUCUGUCUCUGCCAAUCGGGAGGGUUUAACCUCAAGGAGAUCGUCUGCCAUCCGUCCAGGUCAAUUUGGGUACGGCAGGGUCCCGUUCUCUCUUCCUCUGCAUCGCCAAAACCGGCAGGCUCGUCACACUGUUAACGGCACCGAUGCUGAAACAGCUGGACUCAAUGAAGACGAUGCAGAAAAUAACAAGAAAGAGGAAGAGGAGACUGGGAGUGAUGGAGAAGAUAGACAGGCGGCUAGGCAUCAGGAGGCGCUUGCUGCUGCUGAGGAACUUCCCACAAAGACCACAACAAUUGGUCAACCCCACCACCACGUUAACAGACCCCCACAAACCAACACAGAGCACAGGAGGGCAAGAGUCCCACCCCCUCACCCCUUUCUCGCUCUCAUCAACCAUCUCUGCUUCCCAAUCGCCACCGCUUUUGACUGGCACUCCGUCACCGCUCCUCCUCCUCCCAUCCCUCCUCUCUCCCGCCCAAAUUCCCCUGCCGUCACCCCACCUUUUUCCCCCCCUCUCCAUCGCUCCAGCUCCAUUCACAGAGACAGGGAGCUCCACCCAGGCUUCGCACCCACAGGCGACAUCUACCCACUGCAGCACCCCCACAUCCCCACACGGGGGGGGGAAUCGGGCAGGGAUGGAGGAAGAGGAGCUCAGGUGUAUAGGUGCUCUGGACCGGAGAAGGAGUACCGCAGGUGCUUCUCCCAGGUGUGUGGAGGAGGUGCUUUGGACUCCAGAGCAGAGCAGUGUGCAGCCUUUAACACCCAGGAGUUCAUGGGUCGCCUCUACAACUGGGAACCUUUCACCGAGGUUGGUGCGGACAAACAGUGCGAGCUGACCUGCAGACCUGCUGGCUAUCGUUUCUAUGUCCGCCAGGCCGAGCGCGUCAGAGACGGGACCCCCUGCUUCAAUGUCAGCACCAAUGACAUUUGUCUAGAGGGACAAUGUCUGACCGAGGGUUGCAAUGGGGUGCUGGGCUCCGGCUCUGUGAUUGACAAGUGUGGAGUGUGUGGUGGGCGGGAGAGCUCCUGUCGAAAGGUAACGGGAAGCUUCCAAAAUGUCUCGGUUCCCCUUGGUUACCACAAGAUCCUGGACAUCCCGCCAGGAGCUACAUUCAUUAACAUCACGGAGAGACGCGCCAGCCCUAAUUACCUGGCCAUGAGGAGUGGCACGGGGGCUUCAGUGGUGAACGGGCGCUGGGCUGUGGACCCUCCAGGGGAGUACCAGGCAGGAGGGACCACCUUCACUUACAACCGACCUAGAGCACAGGCAGAGGGGGAGGAGGAGAAAGGAGAGUCCCUCUGGGCUCCAGGACCCACCACCACACAGCUCCAGCUAUAUAUCAUUUUCCACAAGGAGAACCCAGGCAUCGAUUAUGAGUUUUAUAUUCCUGUGGAGAAGAAGGAGGUGGAGAGGGAAAGGGUGACGGAGAGAGAGAGGGAGACACCCAGAGAGAGGCCGAGGGAGCGAGACCCAGGGAGGGCCCCUCUUCGCAGUCCUCUAACUGUGUCAGUAGAAGACCCUCCUCCUGCUCCUCCUCCUAUUUCAGUCCCAUCCUUCCCCUCCUCCUCCUCCUCCUCCUCCACCACCUCUGUGUUUUCUCCCCCCAUCUCGGACCGAUGGACACCUGAGAGGUCCCGUCCCCGAGCCUCUGCCCCCAAUAGGAAUGCUCGGAUCCCCCCUCGCACCGACCUGCCACCGGACACUCAGCCGCCAUUUGUGUGGAGGAGAGGAGAACUCACAGAGUGCUCUGCUUCCUGUGGCAAAGGGUCUCAGAGCAGAGUCAUGCUGUGUAUUAACCGCCACACAGACGAUGAAGUCCCGGAGGCCAAGUGUGACUCUGCAGCCAGGCCGAUUCCUGAGGAGGAGCCUUGUAACCCUCAUGCAUGCCCACCCUUCUGGGAGGCGAGCUCCUGGUCAGAGUGCAGCGUGUCGUGUGGCCCCGGGGUGCAGCAGAGGCAGCUGCAGUGCCGACAGAGCUUUGGGGACCGCUCCACUAUGGUCCACCCGCAGCGCUGUGCCAACCUCACCCCCCCUGACUCCACCCAGGCCUGUCAGCUCGGCCUCUGCUCCCACUGGGAGGUCAGCUCCGACUGGAGCACGUGCUCAGUGGACUGUGGGGUUGGGAGGAGGACGAGGAGUGUGCUCUGCGUCAGCGAUCAAGGCAACGAGGUGAACGAAAAAGAGUGCAGCACCGGGGCCAGCCCACAAGGAAGUGAGGAGUGCAACAUGGGCCCCUGUGUAACCAACUGGUACUUCACUGACUGGUCCAACACUUGUUCGGCGCAGUGUGGCCCCGGGGUGCAGAAGAGGGAGUCGGUGUGUCUGACUCGAGGAGGGGUGAGAGAGGGAGGUGGAGGAGGGGACUGUAUUGGGGACAAACCAGCAGAGAUGAAGGCCUGCAACGGGGGUCCCUGUUUGGCGAUAACCAUGUGGUACAGCAGCCCCUGGACACAGUGUAAUGUCCCCUGUGGUAAUGGAACUCAGCGACGGGACGUCAUUUGUGUCCAGAAGAUGGGGAAUGAUUUUACUGUCGUACCAGCCAGUGAGUGCGCUCAUCUGGACAAGCCUGCCGCGGUGCAACAGUGUGAGAUGGGAGAGUGCGAGCCUCUGUGGUUCACAACAGAGUGGAGCGCGUGCUCACGCUCUUGUGGAAAAGGCGUACAAAUGAGGGAAGUACGGUGUCUAACGCCAGAAAAAAGGCACAGCCAUGAGUGUGAUUUGGACAACAAACCUGAACGGGAGCAAAUCUGCAACACGAUACCCUGCAGCCCCCAAGUCUCAGAUGAAAACUGCCGGGACAGACGUCACAACUGUAUGAUGGUGGUUCAGGCCAGGAUGUGCGUCUACUCCUAUUAUAAGACCGCCUGCUGUGCCUCGUGUACCCAGAGUGCUCAGCGUGCCAAGAGACAAUGACCAGCCAAUCACAGGCAGCCCAGGUGUGCAAGAAGUCAAGGAUUAGGUCAGAAGAGCUGAAAUAAGAAGUCUGUAGAAAUUGAAAGCCCAGCGUAGAAAGAAAUCUGCUAGGGUCUCAGAUCAAAUGUAGCGAUUUUCUCCUGAUUCUUCAGGUAAAACACUGUGAAAGCAUCCGGUUCAUUUUUCCAGUUCUCUGUACACAAUUUCAUAUUGCCUAUUUAGAACCACAUAUUCCACUGAGAUCACUUCUGUUCACUUUGUGCGUUAGCUUUGACAGUUUUGUUAUGCGUCACACGGUGCCGAAAGAUGCACUUGCAGUGAUUUUCAACUCUUGGUGGCUUAUUUCUAAAGCUGAGAGGUUUUAAUGGAAUGUGCUCACUGAGGACACCGCUGCGUUCGAACAGCAAAUCAAGCCUUUCUUUUAGCGAGAGGAUCUUAAAACAGAUGUAAUAAGAUAUGCAUACCACUAAUUAUGAAAAGAAACGUGCUGAAGAAAUAAUGUGGGCUAGAUAAACUGUGUGUACUACGUGUGCUGAAGAUCUACUGGAAUAGAUCUACUGUGUUUCUGUGCACUGCAGACCCCCAACUAAGCUAGAAGGAUUUUAUUAACUUGUUGUAUGUAUUUUUCUGUUUGCCAAAAAUAUUUCCUCACGCGUCCUCUUAUUGUUCAGUUUUGGACAGAUGAACCAAAGCAGGGGGGUGACCAUGGCAGUAAGUGACCAAAUAUAUCAGAGGGGAAAGAAGUGAGAUUCUUCCCAAACAAGAAGGUUUUUAAGACAUGGAUGUUAAACAAGCAGCACAGACUUGGUGCAGUCCUUUAAUGUAUUCAUGUCAGUAACAUAAACACCUAGUCUUUUUAAAGAAAGCUGUUGGAGCUGCAGAUAUGUGUUAACUUAACAAUGCUCACUUGAUAUCUGACAAAAAUAAGGAAUAAUCAUAUUGAUGGGACGGUUGUUGUUUCAUACUUUCUCUCUUCAACAAACCACAUGAAAAGAACUUAAAAACGGCUCACACUGUUUUUUUAUGAAAUGCUGAGAAAAAAGCGCACUUGUUCCGCGACUAUAUAAUGCUGCGGAUUAACGCUCAUGCAUUUAUGUGUUACUUUUAAAAAAAUCAUGUAACUCUAUGGCAGAGAACGCUAAGCUAAUUGAAGCUACUAAGCAAUGCAUGUUUUCUUCACAAUAGGAGUAAUAUAGAAGAUCAAGUUUGGAGAUGUACAUUGUACAAUUCACUCCUCACUGACCUAGUUUUGCAUUUGAGUGAUCAAAAACUUUUUUAUGUCCUUCCUGUUUCCUAACCUCAUUUCAAUAUCUUUUCUUUUUGCAUCCAUCAUCGCCUUCCUAGGAGGGACUGGUGAAUCUGUCCUAUGAGAAAAGGUGAAAACAUAAUUAGGAAACCUCAUGUUGACAAUAGUCUUUUAAUAAUUGAGUUCAUGAUAUGGAUCAAAUCAUUCUGCUUUGACCAGGAAGUAAAUGUUUUGCUUUGUGAGGUGGCAACGUCUGAAUAUGUGUGUGUAAGCUUUUCUCUUAUUUUUCUCUUCCGUAGAAGACGUACACAUACUUAAAGGCGAGGAGUCUGUAUAUUUGUCAGAUAUGUUUUAAUGUCUAUAAUUUCUUUGAACAUAGUUGGCGCUUAUGUUUUAUAACUGAGUACAGUUAUCAGAAGUGUUGUUAUAGACUGCAUUUAUUCACAUCUUACUGUUAUAUAACUAUUUUGCAUUUGACAUGAGAAUCGUUCCUGUGUGUAUCGGAUGCGUCAGUGUGUGUGUGUGUGUGUGUGUGUGUGUGUGUGUGUGUGUGUGUGUGUGUGUGUGUGUGUGUGUGUGUGUGUGUGUGUGUGUGUGUGUGUGUGUGUGUGUGUGUGUGUGUGUGUGAGAGAGUGUGUGAGUGUUGCGAUUGUGGCUUUGAAUGUGUCUUUCUUGUCUCUAAUCCCUCAUAGUAAAAAAUACUUUUUAUAUAAAAACAAAAAAGAUAGUAAUUUAUCUAUUAUCUAAAGAACAUGUAAUUUAUUUUUUUGGUUUAAGAAGCUGUAGCAAAUGUUCUUUGUUACCACCAGAGUUUAUACGAUUGUUAAUGUUGAUACACAGACUUUUUUUAUCAUGCAAAAACAGAAAACAGUGUGAAAAUUCAUAUCUUUAAAGCUUCAUUUUAAAUAAAACAACACAGAAAUCAA